AACCACCCCGACUUGGUGACAAUUGCAAGCCCAGAAAAAUAGAGAAGGUUAGUGUCAGGAAGGGCAACUGGUUGUUAAAUGUUACAACAUGUUAAACUAGAAAGAGAUUAUUAGAAAGAAUGCAUCCAAGUAAUGGUCAAAGCCUCUUCUUUCCUAUAAUAAACCCCCACCUCUAGUAACAAUGGGAGAGUCCAAGCUUGAUUUAUUACAGAGAAAUCCUUCUAUCCUUCUUAGUCACAUGUGCCUGAGACGCUCUGCACUUUGGAAAGUUACCUAGAGGCUGGUGUGUCAAGAAGAGCAAGCUCUUUGGUGUUUAGAAUGGAUUUUGAGGCAUUUGAUGAUGAGAACUCAACUGAACAGGAAGUGCCUUAUGAAUUCAAUGGGAAAAUGAAAGAAAAUUCAAAUUUGGAUUAUAUGUCUCCAUCAGAGAGUAGUGAGACUACAUUUUCAGAAAGCAGUACUACACUGACAUCCCAGGAUGAGCAAGAAGAAGUUGGUAGAGCUGUUCCUACAUCAAACAGAAAACAAAAGAGGCAGAAGCUGUUACGACAAAGGAAGAGGAGGAAUCGUGAAAAUCACCUGAUUUCAGGGGUUAAUCUGCAAAAUUUUAUGCAGACAAUGUUGAGCACAAUCACGGCUCAGAAGGAGGCUACAAGGGAAAUAAAUGAUCAGCUAACAGCACUGAAAGAACAAAUUCAUUCUCAGAUCAUCACACAGCAGGAGUCAACCAGAAAAAUCUUUCAGUAUUUGUUACGAAUGGUGGAGGGUGAGAAGCAUCAAGAAAACACUGCCAGCCUGGAGGAAAUUCAAUCAUCGCUUGAUAAGAAAAAACAAUGCAUCCAAAGCCUGCACACGGAUCUCCGUAAACUUGUGACUGAGUUUCAUAAGCAGAAGCUUGAAAUGAAAAUGAGUUCAGUCAAGCUGACAAAUUGCGUCAUGGAGAAGAAAGAGCUAGAAAGACUGCUUACAGUAGCAAAAGAAGAAACACAUUUUUAUUGGGAAGAAUAUGUGCGUCUGAGGAAGCAGCACCUGGAACUGCUUUCCAAAGUAAGAAGCAAAUCUUUCAAGAAAAAAUAUGUAAAUAGAAAACUGUGUGCCAUUUUUGAGGCUAGCAAACUUUUUCGAAUGACUCUUGCAGAAAUCAAGAAAGUGAUUAGUAGAAACCCCAGAGUAUCAAAGAAACUUUCUAAUGCCACUGGAUCUUAGCCACUAACUGACCAUGUCUAGAUAGGCCUGCAUUCCCAUCUUCAUUUAUGAUCCUUUAUGGCCACUGCACUUUUAAGCCAAGUUUUUAUUGUUUAUUUUCAUUGAGGUUCUAUAUUUUUUCAAACAAGCAAGCAAAUAUGAAUGCUGAGACAGCAGUUGCCAUUUGUAAAUGAAGUUAAGCUGUAAGUGACUCUUGUUAAAGUUGUUACAUGUUCCAUGUCUAAAUUUCUGUAAAACAAAUAGCUGUUUAACAAAGCAAUUGAAAGUAUUUUUAUAGUGACAAUUAACAACAAACUUUAAUGGGAUUGUGAUAUGCUGUGUUGAUAACAAUAAAAAAAUAGAACUGUGUGGUAUUGUUUAAAAAAUCAGAUCACAUUAUUCCCUUUGUAUGAUGCUUGUAAGAUUCACUAUUAUGAUUUAAUUGCUAUUAAGAUUAUCUGAUCUCAUAUUAAUUGUGAUUCAUAUGGUGAAAAACCAAUGUGUGUUCUGGUCCCUCUGUAGAUGCUUUUAUUGCAGCUGUAGUCUCAAUUUCCAACUAUAAUAUGAAAUGAAGAAGUUAGGAUUUGUACAAAUGCGAAUUUCAUAAACUACAUGUGUAAAAACUGAAAAAAGAUGGUUUAGAAUGAGAAGACAGUGUAGAAUUCUGAAUUCAAUUAAUGGGCUUUAUUUGUCUUAUAAACUCCUUCCUUUUUGAAAUUAUUUAGCCUUUAGAGUAGCACAACUGCAGAGUGACAAGUGUAUGUAUAGAAAUAUCUGCUUUUUAAAGUUAAUAAUUUAUCAUUAUCAUUUGCACAAACACUUAAGUGUGUUACAGAUAACUGGGCCUUAUCAGGAAAAGUGAAAUAAAAGUAAUGAUGACAAUGUGUCAGAUUAGGCCAUUUUGAGUGGGAAAUUUGCUUGUUAUCAUUGAUUGUAUGUAACCGUAUUGUAAAAAAUUGGCUGAGGGACGAAACACUUGUGGACAGUUAAUAGACGGAAACUUUUGAAUUUCAUAAUGAUAGGAGAUUCUUGGUCAAUGACCAUAGAAUUCCAUUUGUUGCCACUUCACAUCUCUGCCGCUUGCAUAUGUGGAUUUCACUUUCACCAAACAACAAAUCUUUUAAUUCUCGCGGAUAAACCUCUUCAUUGGGAAGAAACACUGCUUUUCCCUGAUGGCAACAUGAAUUAGACGAUCUACAAGUCUCCCACUUAAAGUUUAAAUCUGAACAA